AUGGAGGAUCGCGAACUGCAACUUUGGAACAAGCAGAAUGGUGCUACGGCCCAUGAGGACAAUGGCGAUAUGAUAUCUGAAUCGUCGCAUGGCCGGAAUGGUGACAGCCUGUCCCCCCCUUCUCGGAGUAGAACCACAGGCGAAACAGUCCGAGCCCAGGUAAGAGUUAAGAAACUCUUUAAUUUCACCCAGAUCUUCUUCUUCGCCCUUACGUUUAUGUCAAGCUGGGAGACCAUGGCAUUGUAUCUCACAGGUUCCUUUACAAACGGUGGACCUCGAGCACUUUCAUGGGGCAUUAUCGUGGUUGUUUGCGGAGCUCUUGCGCAGUCCGCCUCUUUGGCAGAAAUGGCUUCAAUGCAGCCAAUUGCCGGUGCGCAAUACCACUGGACACAUCAUCUGGCGCCUCCUAAUCAGAAAAGAUUUAUUACGUGGAUGCAGGGCUGGAUAACUUGGUUUGCCUGGGUGUCUCUGCUUGCCGGCGUCGCUAAUACCACUGCCAACAUGCUCCAAGGGGUUGUGACGGCCAAUUAUCCGGGUUAUCAACCCCAAAGAUGGCACCUGACUUUGUUUAUUUUUGCUAUGCUUAUUUUCGAGGGCUUAAUGAAUAUGUAUGCCUUUUGGGUUAUUCCCUGGAUCGAGCUGCUGGCUGGUAUUUUGCACGUUUCGCUGUUCAUUGUCUUCGUCUCUAUCCUAGUUGGGAUGGGCCCACGCCAUUCCGCAAGGUUUGUCUUUCUUCAGGGCGAUUCCGCUUCAGGGUGGAGUAAUGGGUUCAUAUCUUGGAAUCUGGGGUUGCUGACCCCGACGUGGGGAUUCGUUGGCUUUGAUGGAGCUGUCCAUAUGAGCGAAGAAGUGCGUCGUGCAAAAAAAGCUGUCCCUCGGUCGAUGUUCUGGACGGUUGCAAUCAACGGCAUUUUUGCCUACGCUAUCAUCUUGACCAUAUUAUUUACAAUGGGUUCGAUAGAGGACGCCCUUACUGCGCCCUCGCCGAUCAUCCAAAUUUGCCAACAAGCUACCGGGUCAACCAGUGCAGCCACAGCUAUGGUCUGUGGUCUCCUGAUUAUCUCUCUUGCAGUGAAUCUAGCCAGCAUUGCGUCUACAUCUCGCCUUACAUGGGCGUGGUCUCGCGAUGGUGGUCUUCCAUCGUGGUUCUCAUAUAUCGACCGAAAACACUCCGUGCCUGUCCGCGCCGUCUGGCUCCCCAUAGUGAUUGUCAUGGUUCUCUCCUGCCUUAACAUCGCCAGCACCGCCGCUUUCGGCGCCUUCAUCGCCCUCUCCUCAAUAGGCCUCUUUUCCUCAUACAUCAUUGCCAUUAGUUGCAUGGUCCACGCACGAUUUAAGCAGAAGAAUCUCCAAUUUGGCGACUGGACGAUGGGCCGUCUGGGGUUGCCUGUCAAUAUCUUUGCUCUGGCUUACACUUGCUACGUGACGAUAUGGCUGCCAUUCCCCAACUACUUGCCCGUGAGCGGGGUGAACAUGAACUAUGCUCUUCCCAUAUUUGGAGUGAGCACGUUAUUUGCGCUGUCGUACUGGUUCCUGAGUGCCAAGAAAAAUUGGCGUGGGUUGAAUAAGGAAGUUAUUCGACUGGUUGUCGAAGGGGGUGAGUUGUCGCUGAAGUAA